AUGUCAGCAACCAUUCAGAGAAAGACUGGCUUGGCCAACUCUGCCGAAGCCAAGAAAACAGAGCUCAGAAUGAAUGAGAAGAAAUGUUGUAAGUACUGAUAAGCCUCCCAGAGAAAAUCUUCAAUGCAGGAGAGCUGUACACAGGCAGGGUCAUGGGCAGGACGGCAACAAUUCCUCUGCAGUCUGCAUGAUUGCCUCAGGUUGUUUUGACUGGCACAGAAUGAGUCUGCAGGUGUUGUUUUGUUUUGGCUUUAUCUCCGAAAGUUUUGCCAGUUAUGAAUUAAAGCUGUCCCUAUGCCUGAGAUGCAACACAUGUAGCUGAUGCACACAUUCUCAAGCAAAUUAUUUUAAAAGGAAUACAUGUGCAUCAAUAAUAUUGUGAGAGAUUAGUCUUCUCUGAAAAUUAUUCCAUUGGGCAUAAUUUUGACAAAUUAUUCAUUCUCUUUCCACAUAUUUUUAUCAUGCAUAUUAUAUUGAAAUAUGAUUAUAAUUAGCCCAUAUUCUGUACAGUAUUCAGCCUAUCUGCAGUCCUGUUGCAUCCGUAAUUGAUAUGAGAAUAGCAAACUAUGGCUUGCCAGUGCACUUUGAUCUAUCCCUUUUCAUCUGAGUAUACAGUACAUGGGAAAUCAAGGACAAUAAAUUAAUCCAGUUAUGUUUGAUCCCACCAACCAACCACUUUGAUAGUUAAAUUGUUUUGCCUUAUCUAGUGUAUCUCAUUUCAUUGUCAGGGCUGUGUAUAAUUUGUAGGUACAGUGAGGGGAAAAAAUAUUUGAUCCCCUGCUGAUUUUGUACGUUUGCCCACUGACAAAGAAACGAUCAGUCUAUAAUUUUAAUGGUAGGUUUAUUUGAACAGUGAGAGGCCGAAUAACAACAAAAAUAUCCAGAAAAACGCAUGUCAAAAAUGUUAUAAAUUGAUUUGCAUUUUAAUGAGGGAAAUAAGUAUUUGAGCCCCUCUCAAUCAGAAAGAUUUCUGGCUCCCAGGUGUCUUUUAUACAGGUAACGAGCUGAGAUUAGGAGCACACUCUUAAAGGGAGUGCUCCUAAUCUCAGCUUGUUACCUGUAUAAAAGACACCGGUCCACAGAAGCAAUCAAUCAAUCAGAUUCCAAACUCUCCACCAUGGCCAAGACCAAAGAGCUCUCCAAGGAUGUCAGGGACAGAAUUGUAGAUCUACACAAGGCUGGAAUGGGCUACAAGACCAUCGCCAAGCAGCUUGGUGAGAAGGUGACAACAGUUGGUGCGAUUAUUUGCAAAUGGAAAAAACACAAAAGACCUGUCAAUUUCCCUCGGCCUGGGGCUCCAUGCAAGAUCUCACCUCGUGGAGUUGCAAUGAUCAUGAGAACGGUGAGGAAUCAGCCCAGAACUACACGGGAGGAUCUUGUCAAUGAUUUCAAGGCAGCUGGGACCAUAGUCACCAAGAAAACAAUUGGUAACACACUACGCCGUGAAGGACUGAAAUCCUGCAGCGCCCGCAAGGUCCCCCUGCUCAAGAAAGCACAUAUACAGGGCCGUCUGAAGUUUGCCAAUGAACAUCUGAAUGAUUCAGAGGAGAACUGGGUGAAAGUGUUGUGGUCAGAUGAGACCAAAAUCGAGCUCUUUGGCAUCAACUCAACUCGCCGUGUUUGGAGGAGGAGGAAUGCUGCCUAUGACCCCAAGAACACCAUCCCCACCGUCAAACAUGGAGGUGGCAACAUUAUGCUUUGGGGGUGUUUUUCUGCUAAGGGGACAGGACAACUUCACCGCAUCAAAGGGACGAUAGACGGGGCCAUGUACCGUCAAAUCUUGGGUGAGAACCUCCUUCCCUCAGCCAGGGCAUUGAAAAUGGGUCGUGGAUGGGUAUUCCAGCAUGACAAUGACCCAAAACACACGGCCAAGGCAACAAAGGAGUGGCUCAAGAAGAAGCACAUUAAGGUCCUGGAGUGGCCUAGCCAGUCUCCAGACCUUAAUCCCAUAGAAAAUCUGUGGAGGGAGCUGAAGGUUCGAGUUGCCAAACGUCAGCCUCGAAACCUUAAUGACUUGGAGAAGAUCUGCAAAGAGGAGUGGGACAAAAUCCCUCCUGAGAUGUGGGCAAACCUGGUGGCCAACUACAAGAAACAUUUGACCUCUGUGAUUGCCAACAAGGGUUUUGCCACCAAGUACUAAGUCAGUUUGCAGAGGGGUCAAAUACUUAUUUCCCUCAUUAAAAUGCAAAUCAAUUUAUAAAAUUUUUGACAUGCGUUUUUCUGGAUUUUUAUGUUGUUAUUCUGUCUCUCACUGUUCAAAUAAACCUACCAUUAAAAUUAUACACUGAUAAUUUCUUUGUCAGUGGGCAAACGUACAAAAUCAGCAGGGGAUCAAUACUUUUUUCCCUCACUGUAUACUGCAUAGACAGCAUACAGUAGUAUCUGAUCUAGUCCAAUGCUAAUGCACUAUAGUAUGUCUGUCUGUCUUUCUGUUCAGCAUGGGCAUCCUACAUGACAAACUCUCCCACAGAUAUGUCUAAGAAACUGACACGAUACCUCAACUGGAUAGAGGUGCCAACCAAAGGUGAGUGGGGAAAGACAGCCUCUCUACAACUUCACUUUUGAAGACAUUAGACAUGUCCCUUUAAGUCUUCCAUUAUGACAGACUAUUGACUAUUAACCCUCUAGUUUUUUAGAUAUCUUUAAAUAAGCACUUCACUCAACUUUAAAUCACAAGUGUAUUGUGGCCUACAAAUGUACCUUCAUUAAUUAGGUAACUGUCAAGUUUUAAAUCAAAGUUUUAAAGCUCCUGAGAACCGAGACGCCCCAUGUUGAAUAGGAUCCUACUUUAAACCAGUCCCAUUUCUAUGAUAGGAGACAAUAGACCAUGUAGACACUGAUACGCUAGUCAUAACUCUAUUGUUGAUGCCAUUUUGUUCAUUUUGUAGUGUUUAACUUGGGUGUCUACCGCCGAGAGGCCGUCAAAGCUUACAAGUCCUACGACUUCUUCAGGCACAACAACAAAGAAGCCAUGGAAAUAAGGAAGUAAGUUACAUUUGUUUUAUUCAUGCAGUGAUAUGCAUGAAUCAUACUGAAAAAGCAGUCACAACUGCGUUGCACACUUGAGUUCACAUAUGAGAGCCAAAGUUUUGUAUGAAUGGUAACAUGCAAGAAAAAACGUUCAUUAAUCAAGUAUUGUGUCUCCUUCAGCAUGGUCAGAUCUGAGUCAAUCUCAUUACUCCAGCAGUACACCAGGUUCUCUCCUGCUUGAUUUCACAGGUUUACUUUGCAUCCUUGGCUGCUGUGUCAAUGGCUAAUGAGUUUCUGAAUCAACACACUGUCUGCUGUGCAAGCAGUUAUUCAUUGUACAAAAGACCCAUAUUCUAUUAACAGAAUACAGUGCAUUCAGAAAGUAUUCAGACCCCUUCCCAUUUUAGAAAUUGUGUUACGUUACAGCCUUAUUCUAAAAUUGAUUGAAUUAAAAAUGUUCCUCAUCAAUCUACAACCAAUACCCCAUAAUGACAAAGCGAAAACAGGUUUUUAGAUUUUUUUGCAAAUGUAUAAAAAAAGAAAAACCUUAUUUUAUUCAGACCCUUUGCUAAGAGACUCGAAAUUGAGCUCAGGUGCAUCCUGUUUCCAUUGAUCAUCCUUGAGAUGUUUCUACAACUUGAUUGGAGUCCACCUGUGGUAAAUUCAAUUGAUUGGACAUGAUUUGGAAAGGCACACACCUGUCUAUAUAAGGUCCCACAGUUGACCGUGCAUGUCAGAGCAAAAACCAACCAAUGAGGUCAAAGGAAUUGUCCGUAGCGCUCCGAGACAGGAUUGUGUCGAGGCACAGAUCUGGGGAAGGGUACCAAAAAAUUUCUCCAGCAUUGAAGGUCCCCAAGAACACAGUGGCCUCCAUCAUUCUUAAAUGGAAGAAGUUUGGAACCACCAAGACUCUUCCUAGAGCUGGCCUGCCCGGCCAAACUGAGCAAUUGGGGGAGAAGGGCCUUGGUCAGGGAGGUGACCAAGAACCCGAUGGUCACUCUGACAGAGCUCCAGAGUUCCUCUGUGGAGAUGGAAGCACCUUCCUGAAGGACAACCAUCUCUGCAGCACUCCACCAAUCAGGCCUUUAUGGUAGAGUUGCUAAACGGAAGCCACUCCUCAGUAAAAGGCACAUGACAGCCCGCUUGGAGUUUGCCAAAGGGCACCUAAAGGACUCUCAGACCAUGAGAAACAAGAUUCUGUGGUCUGAUAAAACCAAUAUUGAACUCUUUGGCCUGAAUGCCAAGUGUCACGUCUGGAGGAAACCAGGUCAUCCCUACAGUGAAGCAUGGUGGUGGCAGCAUCAUGCUGUGGGGAUGUUUUUCAGCGGCAGGGACUGGGAGACUAGUCAGGAUUGAGGGAAAGAUGAACGGAGCAAAGUACAGAGAGCUCCUUGAUGAAAACCUUCUCCAGAGCGCUCAGGACCUCAGACUGGGGUGAAUGUUCACCUUCUAACAGGACAACGACGCUAAGCACACAGCCAAGAUGACGAAGGAGUGGCUUCGGGACAAGUCUCUGAAUGUCCUUGAGUAGCCCAGCCAGAGCCCGGACUUGAACCCGAACAUCUCUGGAGAGACCUGAAAAUAGCUGUGCAGCGAUGCUCCCCAACCAACCUGACAGAGCUUGAGAGCACACACACACAUACACACAUACACACACACACCAGUUGCGGGAUUCAAACUGAAAUGUGCUUAGUUUUUCAUAGUAAUUUGUGGUGGAUUACUAUUUUCCAACUAGCUGAACGUUUUCUAAGCAAGGUACAAAAAUGUAUCCAGUAUAAUUACUGAAUGAGACGUACAUCUGAAUAGGCUCAGAAAGUGAAUGUAGUAGUCUGUGUAGAGAAUUGCCCUUUAUGGACCUGUAAACAGCUGUAAGGCUCUUGACAUCACAGAAUGCUGAUCUAAAUACACUGCUGCUGCUGUCCCUCUUCUGCUCAUAUGAGCCUUGCAAAAUGUUGAAUCGGUAUGUUCCGUCACUGUUCUGUCAGUCUGUCAGUGUUACUAUUCAGGUGUCGGUACAGAAGAAAGAUUGGCAUACAGUAUAUAAUUCUGGUCUACUGGCCCGCUUACCUUACAAUCAAACAUUAAAUGAGCAAACAAAUGAUACAGGCGCCUUUAAGAUAAAGUAUCUAAUAAAAAAAGUAUAGUUGUCUGAGUUUGGAUUGCAUACCUGCUCCCUUUGCUGCAGACCCACUGUUGAGCCCUUUGAUGCAGACAACUGUAAUUGUAUUUCCCUCUCCUCUCCCACAGACAGUGUGCCCUGGUAGCCCUGGAGGAUGUGAAGGGAUAUCUAACUGAAGAAGGUGGACAAAUUGCUCUAUGGCAUUUACUCUCUCAUUUUGGUUCCUUUUUGUCUGCUCGAUAUAUUUGAUGUUUAUCCACCAGUUUUGUGAUGUUUGCUUUGCUUUGAUUAGGUAUUUGAUGCAACAAACACGACAAGGCAGAGGAGAGACCUCAUUCUUGAUUUUGGGAAAGAGAAUGCGUUCAAGGUAACAUGCAAUGUGCUACAUUGCCAAAUAUAUUUUUGUGUUAGAAUUGUAUCUCCAUACAACAUUACUCUGUAUUAUGGACAGCCAUUUAAUAUUGAGAUUCAUCUGAUAGUGUGUGGUCAUGUGACUCUGCAUCCAGCCCUGUGGUGAGGCAGUAUAUUGUUGUAGUUUAGUCUGAGCUAUUGUCUUUCCAACAGGUGUUCUUUGUGGAGUCAGUGUGUGACAACCCAGAAGUCAUUGCUGCUAAUAUUCUGGUAUGUUCCGAUGUCGCCAUGUGGGAUUGUAGUGCUUUACUAUGACCCCAGGCCAGGGUCAAAACUAUAACAUAUCUAUACACUGACAAUAUCCCUGCUAUGUGACAACUCUCAUUCUUUCUUUGCCCACAUUCUAAUGUGUUAUAUCUCUAUACAGGAGGUGAAGGUAUCCAGUCCAGACUACACAGAGAGACACAGAGAGAGAGUGAUGGAUGACUUUCUCAAAUGCAUAGAGUGCUAUAAGGUUACAUACCAACCUUUGGAUCCCGAUGAUUAUGACAAGUAAGAAUGACCAAAGCAUAUUGUCUAUCUCAGUGUGUUGCAUUUGAAUAGGAGAUUGCCAGGGGGGCUCCCUAGCCUUUUGGGGGCCCUAAGCUAGAUUUGGUUGGGGGUCCCCCACCUCGUGGCAAAACAUUUUAGUGGCCCCCCUCUUGAUUUAAAAAAAAGUUAAUUUCCUACAAUUCUACUCUUUUUGUCAUUACUUAUGCCAUGUUAAUAUGAUAUCUGAGUGAGAGCGACUAACUAAAUCAAUCAGGGCCCCCUGGAGGUCAGGGCACAUGCCCUGCGUGCCCGGUCGGUAUUCGGCCAUGAUUACUACAAGUUUAGAGAGCUGGCUAGACUAACUACCAAUCUAAAAAUUGUUAGCUGACAUGGCGGAGUGACUGAUCAUGUGUUGUUAUACCUAGUAGGUGAUAACAGUAGUUCUCCAGAAUUCCUGUAAAUUUGCUGCGACAGUUCAGAUGUAAGCCACCAGGUGGAGACAGAAUACAGACAGACAAUUGUGUUACUGUGUGUCCCGUAGGGACCUAUCCUUCAUCAAGGUGGAGAAUGUGGGCCGGCGCCUCCUGGUGAACCGGGUGCAGGACUACAUCCAGAGUAAGAUAGUGUUCCACCUCAUGAUUUCACCUCAUAUCCAAGUCCACUCUCACUCCCUCUACCUGUGCAGGCAUGGAGAGAGCAAUCGCAACACGGAGGGCCGUAUCGGCGGCGACUCAGAACUCUCCCCAGGAGGAAAACAGGUACUGUAUGUGUCUUGUGUGCCAUAAGGGUUAGGACCAGUCUAGAGAAAGCAGUCAGCAUGACACUGACCCCUGUAUUUGAGUCAGUGGACCCUACCAGUUUCUAUUUCGAUUUAGUUACAGCUAAUGGAAAAUACUAAAUAAAGCUCCUGUACUUUGAAUUUGAGUAAACACUGGUAAUCUGAUCAUGUAAUUAUUAUGUACUCUUAAAUAGUUAAUAAAAAGUACCCUGAUGGAUGGGCCUGUUAUUGACACUAAUCUCGCUUCACUAGUUUUACUUUCUCCUUUGCCCAUUCUGGUCCAGUUUGCUCAUGCCUUGCACGGCUUCAUUGAGGAGCACAAACUGUCUGACUUGAAGGUAUGGACUAGCCAGCUGAGACGCACCACCCAGACUGCUGAGGAGCUGAUUGUGCCCUACGAACAGUGGAAGAUCCUCAAUGAGAUCAAUGCUGUCAGUACUGACUUUACCUCUGAUCUCUCACCUAUCACUGGUCUAACAUAAUGAAUACCAUGAUGGUUUAAUUUAAGUAGACACCUUUUGUGAUGAAAAUGAACUUGUUCUGUUAUAAAGGACUUGUAAUAUUCAUUGUUUGUAUAAUAAUUUAGAUGUAUCAUUACCUGGCAACUCAACUGACAAGUGACAUUUUCCAGAGUUCUCUCUUUCCUGUCUGUUAGGGUGUGUGAGGAUAUGACCUAUGAUACAAUCCAUAAAUCAUUCCCAGAGGAGUUUGCCCUGAGGGACCAGCACAAGUACCGCUAUAAAUAAAUAAAUAAAUAAAUUGGUCAUUUAGCAGACGCUCUUAUCCAGAGCGACUUACAGGAGCAAUUAGGGUUAAGUGCCUUGCUCAAGGGCACAUCGACAGAUUUUUCACCUAGUCGGCUUGGGGAUUAGAACCAGCGACCUUUCGGUUACUGGUACAACGCUCUUAACCACUAAGCUACCUGCCGCCCAGGGAGAGAGGUAAAGUCCUACCUUCUUACCACUUUUAUGGGAGUUACCACUUUUAUGGGGCCCUACUCUUGGUAGGGUGAGGGAUCACUAAGGCUCAGUAUGUCCCCUCUCCCUCCCUGUAGUCCUACCAGGACCUGGUGCAGCGGUUAGAGCCUGUCAUCAUGGAGCUAGAGAGACAGGGCAACGUGCUGGUCAUCUGUCACCAGGCUGUCAUGCGCUGCCUGCUAGCCUACUUCCUGGACAAGAGUGCAGGUGGGUGAGCACACACUGCACAGUACACUUUUACUGACAGUUUCACAAACACCAGAGGUAAUUGACACUUUGUUUGGACUAUUUUUGUCUUUCAUAGAUGACCUGCCCUACCUGAAAUGUCCACUGCACACAGUGCUCAAGCUCACCCCUGUUGCAUAUGGUAAGUCUUUUGCAGAACAAAUUGUUCUGACAAUUAUUUUAUGCAUGUUCACAUCUGAGUUCCUGUUCCUCUGUCACCACUUGUCGUUUGUAUGGCAAUUAGGAACGGGUCACAUCAAUUUCUCUGCAACUUUCCCCAGGCUGUAAAGUGGAAAUGUUGUACCUUAACGUGAAGGCAGUGAACACACAUCGCGACCGACCACUUGUAAGUAACAUUGCAUGUUAUCCUCAGUGGCAAGGUUCUGCUCUGUCUGCUCACAUAUCACAUGCUUCAUGGAACAUAUUCUUGGUUAUUUUUCCUCUUUAACCAAAGUAGCUCAAGCUAGAGUAUGUCUGGUUAAUUGAGUAGUUAGUGUGACUUUAUAUUUAACUUGGAGGAAGCUAUGACUGAUCACGUUUCCCUGCUUGCAAACACCGCCACCAAUGCUCCGGCCCCCUUUAAUAACUUGUUUUGUUGUUGUGGUGGUUGGUCAAGGAAAACAAUUGUUUGAUUGCUGUGUUUUGGGGAAUUGUCCCAGUAAUGCUGGGUGUGCCCGGGUCUCUUUCUUUAAUGCACCUGGUGUUUCCCCAUCUCCAACCAGGAUAAGGUCCCGAGGGACCCAGCUCCCAUCCUGCUCCGGUGGAAUAGUUAUACCCCCCUUUCCAGUCACUACCAGUUCAACCGGCCCUGGCUCACCGAGAUGCCAGAGGGGAUGCUGCAGCAAAGCCAAGUUAGUGUCAGAAAUUGGCGCCCACUUAAUUAAUCACUCUGUCACCUCCCUCUUCCCACCUGCCACCCCCACCCCAAGCCAAUCACUCUUUAUCCUUAGCAUCCCCUCACUCUUAAAUCCCCUUGAUAAUCCAGACAUGUUGUGGUCUUGUUGGUGGCUUCUCCUCUUUGUGUUAUGUCUGUCUCUCCCACAACAUCAGCUGUUUGUCUUGCAUGGCCUCCCCUUUUCUUCAUAGGCUGAAGAAUAUGUAUAGCACUAUUCCUUUCCCAAACAAACUGCACCACUUACCUCUUUUACUCAUUUACGUCUUCUGAAUACCAUUCCAGAAGAUACACAGUUAAAACGUCUUCCAGUAACCAGGUGUUAUACUUUAGUCACUUAAAUCCAUAUGGUGAUCUUAGGAGAAGUAUGCUCUGUACAACAAUUAGCUUCAGAGCUCAAUACCACACAAGGGCAUUAAAUAUAGACAUGUUGAUGUUUUGAGAUGCAUAUUCAAAGGUGCUUGUUGUGGUGUUGGUUCACUUUGGUUUGUUGUGAGUUCAGUGCUAUAGCUAGUCUCCCCAUUUCUGUCUCUUCCUUUUCUCCCUCCCUGUCUGUCUGUGUCGUUACAGCCUUGGAUAGGAAGCUGUUGUCUGACUAUUUUAAAUACAUUCCUGCAGAACUCCUCCAGUUUCUGUUUAAGCAAUAAGGCCCAAGGGGGUGUGGUAUAUGGCCAAUAUACCACAGCUAAGGGCUGUUCUUAAGUACAACGCAACGCGGAGUGCCUGGAUAUAGCCCUUAGCCAUAUAUUGGCCAUAUACCACAAACCCCAGAGGUGCCUUAUUGAUAUUAUAAACUGGUUAGCAACAUAAUUAUAACAGUAAACAAGUACUUUUACUUCAAACCCUUAGUAUAUUGUCUGAUAUACCACGUCUUUCAGCCAAUCAGCAUUCAGGGUGCUAAUUACCCAGUUUAUAAUUUCACUUAUUCACGAGACGUAAUCUCAAACAAUGGGUUAUGUAUCACCUUUAACCAAUAUCACCAUUCAGUAUGCUGUAUCAUCAUUUUCAGUUACUGAUAGCACUAAUCAUUUUGUUCCCUCUUUGUAUUAUAAUGAUGAUGGUGUAUCAUGAGAAACAUUUUCCCUAGCAGAGAUGUCUGUUCAUUGGUUUUUCUGAAGCAAAACACUAGUAGUAAUGCUUUUAAGACUAUGAUUAAUCAGACUGCUCCAACACGUGUUAAGACAGAGAUAGGAAAAGAGACCCAGGAAUAUUAUAUUAAUCAUGUCUGUUCUAUUUGAAGGACUCCUUGUGUGAAGGAAUCGACUAUGACAGCCAAGAAGAAACAAGUGGCUGUUUCCGCUUCUGA